CGGGCGGCCGUCACUUCCUGCCCGGCCCCGCGGAGGCCUGGCCGGGCGGCGGCGGCGGCGGCGACCUCCGAGCCAUGGUCGCCCUGGAGAACCCCGAGGGCGGCCCAGAGGAGGCGGCAGCGACAGCCGGGGUCGUUCCGGGCGGGCGGCGGACGCUGCACCUUUCGGGAUGCCUGCCCGCUCUAGCUGGCUCCCAAGUGAAGAGGUUCUCGGCCUCCAAGCGGAAGCAGCACUUCAUCAACCAGGCCGUGCGGAACUCAGACCUUGUGCCCAAGGCCAAAGGGCGGAAGAGCCUCCAGCGCCUAGAGAACACUCAAUACCUCCUGACCCUGCUGGAGACCGACGGGGACACACUUGGUCCGGAGGAUGGGGACCUGGCGCCCCCCGCAGCACCUGGCAUCUUUGCGGAGGCCUGCAGCAAUGAGACCUAUGUAGAGGUCUGGAAUGACUUCAUGAACCGCUCCGGGGAGGAGCAGGAGCGAGUCCUCCAAUACCUGGAGGAUGAGGGCAAGAGCAAGGCCCGGAGAAGGGGUCCUAGCCGGGGGGUGGACCGGAGGAAAGAGGACCCAGCCUACACCCCCCGAGAGUGCUUCCAGCGCAUCAGCCGGCGUCUGCGAGCCGUUCUCAAGAGGAGCCGCAUCCCCAUGGAAACGCUGGAGACCUGGGAGGAGCGGCUGCUGAGGUUUUUCUCAGUAUCUCCCCAAGCCGUGUACACGGCCAUGCUGGACAACAGCUUCGAGAGGCUCCUACUCCAUGCUGUCUGCCAGUACAUGGACCUCAUCUCAGCCAGUGCCAACCUGGAGGGCAAGAGACAGAUGAAAGUCAGCAAUCGGCAUCUGGACUUCCUGCCCCCUGGGCUGCUCCUGUCCGCGUACCUGGAGCAACGCAGCUGAUGCCAGCCUGCCUGCCCCCCCGCCCCCCUUCCCUUCAAGAUUCCCUAUACCUCCACUGAAAUGUUUGUUAAUUUUAGAAUUUGUCAUGCUGUCCCCUUGGGAUGGCACUCUCACCCUAGCCCCAUCCCAUCCCAGCUCUUCCAGGGAAAUGCUGGCAGCUGGAGCUGCCUUAGACUACACUGGGCCCAUAACUCCCCGCUCUGGUACUCGCAU